AAUUAAACCCCCAACCCAUAACGGAUAUCAUCUAAAUCCAUCGUUCAACAAUCGCUUUCAAGUAAAAUGAAAUUACCCAAACACCCUCGACCCCAUCAAUAUCAAGAAGAGACACCCAAGUGCGUAAACGUCAUUCCAUACGUGUAUUUUCUCAUGAUGACAAAUGGGCUUGGGCCAAAGUAAAAAAUAGGACGUUUUCUCCGUCACCCAACGGACACAGCCUUCCCCACUCUCUCCCCUCAAUCACUACCCGUGCGCACGUUAGCUGUCCCCUUACACAAUAAUGUCAUCAUCUCUGGCCACUUCGCCACAGUGAAAUCAAAACUUACAACUAACUCUGAAAUUUCCAUGGCUCGUUGAAAUCGAAUUGAUUAAUAAAGGAAUCAAGUCGAAGCGUUAAGCAUUAAUUAAACGGCAUGAUGACACUAGCUUAUGGGGAAUGAAUGGGAAAUGGAUUUAGUGAGAGAGAGAAGAGAAAGUGGCAGGCAUGUACAUGUACUGACUGAGGAGUGCCAUAAAUGGAUGAUGUGUAUGGUCAGUAGCUCAGCUCCUUUAUAGCCUGCCAUAACAACAACAAAACCUGUACGUCACUCCCUUUCCAUCUUUACUAUAUCACCCUCAUCACUUUCUCUCAAUACUCAACUCCUUUUUUCAUUUAUUUAUGAUUUAUCAUUUAUCAAAUCAAAACGACACCGUUUUGAAUCUCAUACUCCGAUAACUUCAAAUCCAUAUCCAACCGUCGCGAAUCGGAGAUCAUGUGUUAAUUUGAGUGAACCAUGAAUCCUUUGUGCUGCAUUGCUCCGGUUUCGAUCGAUCGGGACCGUGGUAACCCUGUCGUGGCCAAAUCGAAUUCUCAGUAUCAAUUAGGGCUUGAUUCGUCGAUCAAAACAGUGAACUCCGCUUCCAAAUCGAGUUUAUCAACUCAUGAUUCAUCGAUCGCUGUGGAUUCCGUUAAAUCGUCCUCCGCGGGUUUGAAUCACGACGACGAGGAUGCUGUUCACGAGCCUAGGGAUUCUAAGGUGUUUGCCGGCGGUAAUGGCGGCGGUGUUGCUGGCAGUGUGGCGGGGAUUUUGUAUAAGUGGGUGAAUUACGGUAAGGGUUGGAGGUCUAGGUGGUUUGUGUUGGAAGAUGGUGUGCUUUCUUAUUACAAGAUUCAUGGACCGGAUAAGAUCUUGACGAGUCCUGCUAAGGAUAGGAGUGUUAGGGUGAUCGGAGAGGAGUCGUUGAAGUACACGAGAAAGGCGAAUUGGAACUUGAAUCGAGCUUCUGGUGUUGUAGUUGGAGGAGGAGCUACCAAGCAAUGCAAACCCUUCGGUGAGAUACAUUUGAAGGUUUCUUCAGUUCGCUCCAGCAAGUCUGAUGAUAAGCGGCUUUCCGUAUUUACUGGGACAAAAACUCUUCACUUGAGGUGUGUAUCUAGAGAAGACAGAGCCAUGUGGAUUGAAGCCCUGCAGUCUGCAAAAGAUCUUUUUCCUAGAGCUCUGACAAGCAGUGAUCUUGCAACUCCAGAAGAUAUUGUAGUUUCGACAGAGAAGCUGCGAUCAAGAUUAUCACAGGAAGGCAUAAAUGAAGAAAUCAUUAAUGACUGUGAAUCUAUUAUGCUAUCUGAAGUCUCAUAUCUUCAAGGCAAGUUGAAGUUUCUUCAGCAGAAACAUGUUAUGUUGUUGGACACCUUAAAACAACUGGAGACGGAGAAAAUAGAGUUGGAAACUACUGUAGUAGAUGAAACAAAAGAACGCGAGUCAUAUUGCGGACAAGGAAAUAGAAGAUUUAGUGAUUUCUAUUCUGUUAUGUCGGAGGGCAGUGCUACAGAUUCAGUUGCAGAUAAUGAAAGCCAAGAUGGAGGAGACGCUGAAACAGAUGAUGAUGAUGGAACAUAUUUUGAUACUAAUGAGAUUUUAUAUUCAGAUGCCUUAAGAAGUGCUUCCUAUCGAAGUAGAGAAGGUACGGGAAAUGCCAGUAUAUAUGAUAGAGAUUAUAUUCUUCAUGACAGUUUGCAUGGGUUUGAGAAGGCAAUUAAAGAUAUAAGCUAUCCUUAUGUCAAAAGAAGGGAUAAUUUACCAGAACAGAAAGAGAAAGAGAAACCAGUUGGCUUGUGGUCAAUUAUUAAAGACAAUAUAGGGAAGGAUCUUUCUGGAGUUUGUCUCCCUGUUUAUUUUAAUGAACCACUCUCUUCAUUGCAAAAGUGUUUUGAAGACCUGGAGUACUCAAUCCUAGUUGAUAGAGCAUUGGAGUGGGGAAAGCAGGGGAAUGAAUUGAUGAGAAUUCUAAAUAUUGCAGCAUUUGCUGUGUCUGGCUAUGCGUCCACUCAAGGUCGACAAUGUAAACCUUUCAAUCCUCUACUUGGGGAGACUUAUGAAGCUGACUAUCCAGAUAAAGGACUGAAGUUUUUUUCUGAGAAGGUCAGUCACCAUCCAAUGAUUGUUGCUUGUCACUGUGAGGGAAGAGGAUGGAAGUUCUGGGCAGACUCCAAUUUGAAAGGAAAGUUUUGGGGGCGAUCUAUUCAGUUAGAUCCUGUGGGCGUUCUCACCCUACAGUUUGAGGACGGUGAAACAUUUCAGUGGAGCAAGGUCACCACUUCCAUAUACAAUAUUAUACUAGGUAAAAUUUAUUGUGACCACUAUGGUACUAUGCACAUCAAGGGCAGUGGAAACUACUCUUGCAAAUUGAAGUUCAAAGAACAAUCUAUCAUAGACCGCAAUCCACAUCAGGUCCAUGGGUUUGUUCAAGACAACAGAACUGGAGAGAAGGUAGCAAUGUUAAUUGGUAAGUGGGAUGAAGCAAUGUACUAUGUACUCGGGGAUCCAACUACAAAGCCCAAAGGUUAUGAUCCAAUGACAGAAGCUGCGUUAUUGUGGGAAAGAGACAACUAUGUUCCAAAAACGAGAUACAACCUUUCUCCCUUCGCAAUUUCCUUGAAUGAAAUAAUGCCUGGUUUAUUGGAGAAGUUGCCUCCAACUGACUCUAGAUUGAGACCAGAUCAGAGACAUUUAGAAAAUGGAGAAUAUGAGUUUGCAAAUGCAGAGAAGCUAAGGCUUGAACAGUUGCAGAGACAGGCAAGAAAGAUGCAAGAAAGAGGAUGGCGGCCCAGAUGGUUUAAGAAGGAUGAGGAUGGUUCUUACCGAUACAUGGGUGGUUAUUGGGAGGCAAGAGAGAAAAAUCAUUGGGAUGGAAUCCCUGAUAUAUUUGGACAAGGUUGUGAUUUGCCUUCAUGUUCUGAAGAGACUUUAUCCUACUGAACACUGGUUUUCCUUUUGCUAUAUGUCAAUUUGGAUGUAGGUUGUAAGUUAUAUAUACAAAAUUCUUCCAGAUAGUGUUCUCGUCAUAGAAAUUUCUUCUGGCUAAGCAUUUUGGGCAAUUUGUCACUAAUCUUCGCAUUUUUGGGAGCAAGAAUUGAAAUCAGCCUAUGUUAAUUUACAAUUAGUCCAUACUAAUAUGUCUCGUUAAAAAUGCACCUCUGUAGUCACAUCCUUCAGAAACUAGGUGCUAAAUUUUUAUGAUAGAGUUGUCUUAUUCUCUUUA